ACUGGCGCUGGUGUCGGAAACUAGCUGCAUCCAGCGCCCCUCCCGGACAACGGUGAAUUGUGGUACUAAAAUCCGAGUGUUAUUUUUCGCAAAAGUGAUUUUUUAUUGGCGAAUUCCGCGUUGAAAAAGUGACAAUAAGUGGAUAAAGUGUCGAUAAACAUUCCAAAGGCCAUCAGGUGAAUGUUCUUGACACCCCAGCGGGCAGAUUGAGUGGAUAUCUAGUGGAUAAAUUGGCUAAAAAGGCAUUCUGAGAAAUCACAUUUGUAAUGGCUGCCACUGACAAGGCAUCGGACGACUCCCUCUAUCCAAUUGCUGUGCUCAUCGACGAGCUCAAGAAUGAGGACAUUCAGCUUCGUCUGAACUCCAUCAAGAAGCUGUCGACAAUUGCUCUGGCUCUGGGUGAGGAGCGGACUAGGUCAGAGUUGAUUCCGUUCCUCACAGAAACCAUCUACGAUGAGGAUGAAGUGCUGCUGGCUCUGGCUGACCAAUUGGGUCAGUUUACGAGCCUUGUGGGUGGGCCAGACUAUGCCAUGUACCUUCUGCCGCCACUGGAGUCCCUGGCCACGGUGGAGGAAACUGUGGUGAGGGACAAGGCGGUGGAGAGUCUAAGGAUUGUGGCUGCUCAGCACAGUGCAGCUGACCUGGAGGCAAGUGUCGUUCCCACACUUCAGCGUCUCGUGACAGGAGAUUGGUUCACAUCGCGCACAUCCGCUUGUGGUCUCCUGUCAGUCUGCUACCCAAGAGUUUCCCAGCCUGUCCGGGCAGAGCUGCGGGUGAGCUUCCGGAAGCUGUGCCUGGACGAGACGCCGAUGGUGAGACGCGCUGCUGCCAGCAAAUUGGGCGAAUUUGCCAAAGUUGUGGAACCGGAAUCACUCAAAUCUGACAUUAUUCCGAUGUUUGUGCACCUGGCCCAAGAUGAUCAGGAUUCAGUGCGUCUGUUGGCCGUGGAGGCUUGCGUGAGCAUCGCUCAGUUGCUGCAGCAAGAUGAACUUGAGCAUCUGGUGAUGCCGACGCUGCGCCAAUGCGCAGGAGAUUCAUCCUGGAGAGUGAGGUACAUGGUGGCUGAUCACUUUACGGAUCUGCAGAAGGCUCUUGGGCCAGAAAUCACCAAAACCGACCUCGUUCCAGCUUUUCAGUAUCUCCUCAAAGAUUCCGAAGCCGAAGUCCGGGCUGCAGCGGCCACAAAAGUCAAGGACUUCUGUGCAAAUCUCGAUAAGACCAAUCGCGUGCAGAUCAUUAUGACGUCAAUUCUGCCGUAUGUGAAGGAAUUGGUCUCAGAUCCGAAUCAACACGUGAAAUCGGCCCUGGCAUCAGUGAUAAUGGGCCUAAGUCCGAUUUUGGGCAUGUCCAAUACCGUGGAACACCUUCUGCCCCUCUUCCUCAUCCAGCUGAAGGAUGAGUGCCCGGAAGUGAGGCUGAAUAUCAUCUCGAAUUUGGAUUGUGUGAAUGAUGUGAUUGGGAUUCAGCAGCUGUCGCAGAGCCUCCUGCCGGCCAUUGUGGAAUUGGCAGAGGAUACAAAGUGGCGUGUGCGACUGGCGAUCAUUGAGUACAUGCCAUUGCUGGCUGGGCAGUUGGGUCAGGAGUUCUUUGACCAGAAACUGCGAGCACUGUGCAUGGGAUGGCUCAACGAUCACGUUUACGCCAUCCGGGAGGCAGCUGCGCAGAAUAUGAAGAAGUUGGUGGAGCAAUUUGGUGCUGCAUGGGCAGAAACAGCCAUCAUCCCGAUGAUUCUGGUUAUGUCCAGGAACAAAAAUUACUUGCACCGCAUGACAUGCCUCUUCUGCAUCAAUGUUCUGGCAGAGGUCUGUGGAACGGAGAUCACCACGAGGGUUCUGCUGCCGACAGUUCUGGUCCUGGCCACAGAUCUCGUGGCCAAUGUACGGUUCAAUGUGGCCAAGACACUUCAGAAGAUCUCACCUUUUAUCGAUACCACGGCUAUUGAGACGCAGGUUAAGCCGGUUCUGGACACUCUCAACACUGACAAGGACGUCGAUGUCAAGUACUUUGCAUCAGAAGCCAUCGCUGGAAUUGCCGGUUGAAGAGCCGAGUGCAGGAGUAGAAAAUGAGUGACGAAUCGUAAGAUUGAGUGAAAUAGCAGGAAGGUUUUAAAAUAUUUUUAACUAUCAAAUGAACUACACACACACAAACACUUUUUAUAGAAAUCUCCAAAUUAUGAGAUGAUUUGGCUUCAAUGCAAAAUAAAUUUAAAUAAAAAAAUAAAUAAAUAAAGCAGAAAAAAAGAAAAAAAUUGAAGUUCUACUUAUAAUUAAAGAAGAAAAUAACGUAAAUCAUAAAUGAAGAGUUUGUAUCUUAAUAUUUACAUUAUAAAUUGUAUUUAGAUUUAAUAAAAGUGAAGUAUAAUGGAAUAAA